AUGGGGACACUGACAGUGAAAACACCUAGAUACGACGUGAUAUCUAGAGAACGUAAUACGUACUACGUGCUAGCUAUAGUAUCAUCACUAACUGGAUCGUGCCCGUCAAACAACGAAUUCAACCAAAUCAUCAACAGUCCGUACAAUUUCGCAUGCAUAUAUUGUAUCAAUGGUGGCUGCGGGUCUUCUGUUCUCAUGGAUGUUAAAUCCCCAGCAUCUGAUGCGUGUACUGCUAGUUUAAGAAUUGUUACUACACCACAGUUGGUAACAAUGUCAAAUAGGUGCCCGGCAGUGAUCACAUUCAUGAUCGCUUCUGAGAAUACAGACAUGUCUACGACCACAAUUGUUGAUAAUACUAUACUCGACAUCAACGCCGAAAUGGGUUUCGUUGAAAAACACCCUAAAACUACAGAUGCUCCUACAACUGAAAAAGUCGAAGUGCAAACUACACCCAAAGUUGUAGAAGAGCCAACUACACCCAAAGUUGUAGAAGAGCCAACUACACCCAAAGUUGUAGAAGAGCCAACUACACCCAAAGUUGUAGAAGAGCCAACUACACCCAAAGUUGUAGAAGAGCCAACUACAUCCAAAGUUGUAGAAGAGCCAACUACACCCAAAGUUGUAGAAGUUAAAGAAGUGCCAACUACACCCGAAGUUGUAGAGGAGAUUGUUACAGUGGCUAAUGUCGAUGAUCAACCCACUGUAGCACCUAAAACUGUUACAGUAGUUAAAGAUAAUGAUACCGUAGCAAACGCUACAGACGCAGAGAAAGUUAAUGAAUCUACGACACCACUUCUCAACGCAACUCAAGACUCACACGCUGAAGCUAUUGAAACACCAAUUGUAACCGAGACAGUUGUACCAGAAACAGUUGCUCCAGAAACAGUUGCUCCAGAAACAAUCUCGCCAGAACCGCUUGCGCCAGAACCGCUUGCGCCAGAACCAAUUGACACAGAAGAGAGUACCAUAAACCCCAAGUUCAGACGUUAA